CACACUGUGUGUGUAUGGAUGAGUGCACCUAUGGAUAGAUGUGUGUAUGUGUGCGUGCAGAUACACGGAUCCGUGUGUGUGUGUGUGUGUGUGUGUGUGUGCGGACGUUGCGUCCAGCCCCGCGUAUCCCGGUGCCCCGAACACGCCGCGGUCGGAGCCGCCCCGGGGCGGAGCGCAGCGCCGGGACCUUCAAAAGUGCGGCCGGAUCGUGGGGAGCAGCGCGGAGCCCCCGGAGGAGCAACGUGAGCCAUGAAGACGAACGUGUUUCUCGGCCUCGUCCUCUGCGUGGCGGUGACCGGCUGCCUGUGCCGGCCGGCAGCGAAGGCCCCGGGGGGCUCCCACCGCCCCCCCAACAGCCUGACCCGGCGGGAUUGGCCCGAACCCCCGACCCAGGAGCAGCAGCAGCAGCGCCUCAUGUCCCGCUUCCUGCCCCACGUCUUCGCAGAGCUGAGCGACCGCAAAGGCUUCGUGCAGGGGAACGGGGGGAUGGAGGCCCUGCACGAGCACUUCUACCCCGACUGGAUGGACUUCGGCCGCCGCAGCACCGAGGAUGCAGCUGAUGCUGCGUAGCUCCACGCGGAGCCCCCGCACUCAGCGCAGCUCUGGUCCCGCAAUAAAGCUUUGGCACUCCCAGCUCUGCUGCUUUGACCCGUCCUUGAGGUUGCGGC